AUGAACUCCCAGGGCUGGACGAACUUUGGUCCGAAACUGAACCCCAAGACAACAACAAUGAAACUCGUGAAGGAGUUGGAGGCAUCAGUAAGAACCUGCCCUGAGGAAAAGAACGGAGCAGAGGAUCCAGCGGAUAAGGACGCUGGAAAGGACGCAUUGGAGGAUUGGAAUCGCCUUCAUCACAAGCACUACGAGUCGCCAAAACUCCGCUGCAAAUCCGAAGGCAAGGACCUGAAGAGGGCGCUGUCAUUCCCCCCAUAUCCUGGGGAUUACCUGCACCCUGUGGUGUAUGCCUGUACAGCUGUCCUACUGCUAUGUCUGGUGGUGUCCAUCCUCACCUACUUGGUGCACCACAGCACAAUCCGAAUCAGCAGGAAGGGGUGGCACGUGCUUGUCAACCUCUAUUUCUACACAGCCGUAACAUUCGCUAUUUUUGCCUCUGGCAUCAACCGAAUCAAAUACCCACGUAUCUGUCAGGCCGUGGGUGUGGCUCUGCACUACUCCUCUCUAUCCACCCUGCUGUGGCUUUGUGUCACGGCCAGGUGCCUUUAUCAGUUGGUAGCCAAGGUAACCAAGAGAGCCCCCCAGGCCCAGGAUGGGGAGCCCCCACGACAACCAAAGACCGCACCCAUCAUAAUACGAUUUUAUGUAGUCAGUGGUGGAGUGCCCCUCAUUGCUUGUGGAGUGACAGCAGGCAUUAACAUAGAUCACUAUGGCAGCCGAGAGGAAGCCCUGUAUUGCUGGAUGUCGUGGGAGACCAGCCUGGCUGCAUUCUACGGUCCCGUGGGGCUCAUUGUCCUGGUGUCUUGUGCGUACUUCAUGUGCACGUACGUGCACCUGAAGCGCCACCCGGAGGUCCGGUAUGAGCUGAGGCCGAUGACGGAGGAGCAGCAGCGGCUGGCCUCGGGCGAGGUGGGCCACUGCCACGGGGGCGACCCAGGCGACCCCGCCGAUGCCCACGUGGGCUGCUCGGCCAUCAACCCUUCCAUGCUAGCCAAUGAGCACUCCCUCAGGGCCCAGCUGCGCACAGCCGCCUUCACCCUCCUCCUCUUCCUCGCCACCUGGAGCUUUGGCGCGUUGGCCGUGUGGCAGGGACACUUCCUGGACAUGAUCUUCAGCUGCCUGUAUGGGGCCUGCUCCGUCACGCUGGGCCUCUUCCUGCUCAUCCAGCACUGUGCGAAGCGUGACGACGUCUGGCACCGCUGGUGGGCCUGCUGCCCAUCCCACCGCAGCGCAGAGGCCCCGCCCAAGACCGACACCAACGGGGACGUGCCUGCACGGGCCAUGGUCCACUGCCACGAGGGGUCCCCCUGUCCCGGAAAGGCCUUGCUGACGCCCCAUGUUCACAUGCCCUCUGCCCACUGCAAGGUGAGCCACGCCGGGCCUUGCUGCGCGGUGCUGCGCAGCCAGCAGCUCCUGGAGGAGGAGUCCCGUCCGCUGGCCUCACCCCCUCUGCCCCUGCAGAGCUGCCUGAAGGACAGGACUAAGCUCCGCCCCUACGGCAGGCCCCGCCCAGGCAUGCUGCGAGACUAUGCCUACCACAUGGCCUCCACCAGCGUGGACAGCAGCGUGCACAGCUCUCAUCUGGACAGCCCGCACAGCGUGCACGAGGGCCACGCCUGCCGCGGCGGGUUCCAGGGACACAUGUGUCACGGCGAGCUCGAGGAACAUGCGUGCCACCAUCAUGCCUGCUGUUCCAAAUCCACCUCCCUGGGCAGUGUAUGCCCGCCGGAGAGCACCAUGCCAUAUAGCUGUGCCAAGACUGCAGAUGAAGACAUGCCCCUUCACCUGGAAAUGGACCCAUGUGGCCCUCCCCACUCCCUCCUGCAAGAACCCACCAAUCAGAACAGAACUCUCAGCAGCACCUUGCAGGAGGACUUCCAGUACAGCUCAGACAGUACAGGAAACAUACGGACUGGACCCUGGAAGAAUGAGACCACUGUGUAGGCCCUGAACUGUGACACAUACACCCUCAAAUUCCUAUGUGCACUCGAAAAAUUCCCUGAAUGCCCUCCACAGCCCCUGUACAUCUCCAAGCUCCCUGCCUCCCACCACCCACCAGACCCCCUGUCCUCCUCAAGUCACCCCCCCCACACUCAAACUUUCGGUAAAGGCAGUCAGUACAGGAUCAAUUUUAAGCUCUUUUUUGUCUGCAAAAAUAUUUCUAUUGUAUGAAAAUCAGUAAUAUAAUGUAUGUGUUCUUUCAGUAUUUGCCCAUUGAUGGAACCUUCUAGAAGUUUCCUUUUUUAAAUGCUCCAAAAAGUAUAAUAGGCACAUACAGUACAGCAAGGGAUUUCUUUUGUUUAAAGUAUUUUUCUAACUAUAUUAAUAGAGAUCUCCUAAUGAAUGUGUUCUUGAUUGUGUAUAUUUGAGUUCCACCAGACUGAGUUAUUUCAAGUGUUCUCUGGAGAGCAUGAAUCUAAGUAAUUAAAAAAAAAGUAAUUAAACAUAAGCUUAUGCAGUGGCACAGAAAUGAUGUGCAAAAAAGUCACUGCGCUGUUCCCUGCAGAAAUCCACGUUGCUUCAGUUACAUACCCAUACACCCUCAGAAAUCCACACUGCUUCAGUUACACACUCAUACACCCUCUGAAAUCCACACUGCUUCAGUUACACACUCAUACACCCUCUGAAGUUUACACUGCUCAGUUACACACUCAUACACCCUCUGAAAUCCACACUGCUUCAGUUACACACUCAUACACCCUCUGAAAUCCACACUGCUUCAGUUACACACUCAUACACCCUCUGAAGUUUACACUGCUCAGUUACACACUCAUACACCCUCUGAAAUCUACACUGCUUCAGUUACACACUCAUACACCCUCUGAAAUCCACACUGCUUCAGGUACACACUCAUACACCCUCAGAAAUCCACAUUGCUUCAGUUACACACUCAUACACCCUCUGAAAUCCACACUGCUUCAGGUACACACUCAUACACCCUCAGAAAUCCACACUGCUUCAGUUACACACUCAUACACCCUCAGAAAUCCACACUGCUUCAGUUACACACUCAUACACCCUCAGAAAUCCACACUGCUUCAGUUACACUCAUACACCCUCAGAAAUCCACACUGCUUCAGUUACACACUCAUGCACCCUCAGAAAUCCACACUGCUUCAGUUACACACUCAUACACCCUCAGAAAUCCACACUGCUUCAGUUACACUCAUACACCCUCAGAAAUCCACACUGCUUCAGUUACACACUCAUACACCCUCUGAAAUCCACACUGCUUCAGUUACACACUCCUACACCCUCUGAAGUUCACACUGCUCAGUUACACACUCAUACACCCUCAGAAGUUCACACUGCUUCCAUUACACACUCAUACGCCCUCAGAUAUCCACAUUGCUUCAGUUACAGACCCAUGUGUCCUCAGCUAUUGAUCCACACUAACUCAGGUAUAGAUCCACUCUGACCCCUGACCUGUCACUGUCCUGAUAUUCACAGCGCUUCUGAUUUGUAGUUGAUUGGAUGGAUUAAAGGUCCAGCAGCGAGCCAUAAAAAAGGUUUUUACAUUGUACAACCAAACAUAUGACACCAGUCUCCUGUUUCUGUAGAAGAUCCUCGUAUGGCGCAGUCAUGAGUUACACCCACAGAUAGUACAUCUCUGUUCAAACCUCCAUUCAAUGUUAAAACCUUCAACUGUGCUCUGACUGAACUGGCUGGAUUUUCAGUAUUAAUGGAUUUGACAUUAAUUUUUGAGUCAUUCUAUUACAAAGAAUGAUGUGGGUAUAUGUCAAUUCUUCUCAAAAAAAUAGGUGCCAGCCAACACCCUGUGUGGUAUGUGUGUGUGUGUGUGUGUGUGUGUGUGUGUGUGUGUGUGUGCGUGAAUGUGUGUUUUGCUUUCUGUUGCAUGCCUUGACAGUAAAUCUGCAGUGUCCUGAGGAUUUAUCGAGAAAGAGGACACAUUUCUGUGACAAAAUGAGAACAGAUGACAGAACAAGUCUUUUCUACAAAAAUGGCUUGCAUGUUAUCCCUGAGCCAACCCAAGCCCCUCCCUGCCAGUCUUACCAUUGCAGCCAUAAGCAUAACAUUAAAAUGAACACCCUCAACUCUAACCAUAACCUCCCCUACCCAAUCAUGUCACUGUAUCCCUCCUGUACACAAUGUGUAUAAAAGGUAUACACAAUAUCGUGACCUACCCAACCCUACCAACUUUCCUCAAUCUCCUAUUUUCUACCGUUUGUUUUUUCUUGCAUUUGGUUUGUAAACAUGAAAUGUUUCUACUUCCUUCAGAUUCAAGCUCCUGCUGUCCUAAUGCAAGAUUGUGCAGCUUUUAUGAUACUGUCUGUGACUUUGACACGGUCUUGGAAUGCAUCUGUUUAAGAAUAGCAUAAGAGUUGUGCAAGAGCUGUGUGGCUGUGAAUGAUUUGGGUUCACUGUGUAAGAACCAAAGGAGUGUUAGUUCUGUAUUUGUGUGAUAGCGUACAGGGCAAGUGAGUUGGGUAGGUGGGUUAGGGUUGUAUGUUUGCAUGGGAGCUGUGUGACUGUGUUGGAGUUGUGCGAUUGUGUGGGAGUUGUGUAACUGAGGGAGAGUCAUGUAGCUGUGCAAGAGUUCUGUAACUGUGCAAGAGUGGUGAGACUGUGUAACUUCCAUGGUAGUGUGAAUGCCAUAUCAGUGUAAGAGUUGUGUGGUUCUAGCUGGUAUAAUAGCCAAUCUUAAACUGCUGAUGUAACCCUUGACACCUGUCAGUAUUGGCCAGUGGUGCUGUAACUAAACCCAAAGCCACUUUUCACCUUUUUUACAUUGCCACAGUUUCCAAUAAAUGUGUUUUAUCACCAGAAAUAAAAAUAAUUUGAGUCUGUGUGUUGACAGUGGGAAUUAAAAAGAGUUGAGGUGUGUGUGUGUGUGCUGACAUGUUUAUUGAAUAGAGAGAGAGAGAGACAGAGACAGGGGUGGUGGGGUAGAGAGAGAGAGAGAGGGAGAGAGAGAGAUAGACAUGGUGAAUAAAGAGAGCUUGAGAGUGUGUGUUCUGACAUGGUGAAAGUAGGGCAGCGGAGAUCAGUCAGCUGGUGGGCCAUGAAACGUCAAUGUGCAUCUUCAUCUGCCUUGCCUUCUCUUGC